AUUCUAACACUCUCAUCAUGCUCAUGCAGAAUGCAAUCCCACCGACACGCUGCCACGUGUCCAUGGCUGAGAUGCUGCCUUUCUCCCGCCAACAACGCUCUGCCUCUCUUAUCCCAAGUCGCUUUCUCUCGAUAGAAACCUCUCCAUUCUUCGCAGAUCGAUUUGACUUGAAACCCUAACGACCAGGGUCAAGAAAGCCAAGAAAAUAAAAUGAACCGUACGAACUCCUCGCCAAUCUGUAAGCAUUUCCGAUUCCUUUCAAGCACCAGAGACAGAGAGAACCAUUAUUCGUCAAGAAUAGAUUAAAUCGGAUUUUUGGAUACGAACUUUCGAUGAUCACGAUGGAUUCUCAGAUUUAAAUCGGUAAUUUUUUUUGUAUUUCGACUUUCCUUUACGCAAUUCAGUUUCUGGCAUGGCUCAGUAGGAGAAAUUGUGUUCUGAAGGUGUGUUUCUGUUGAAAUUAGUGUAUUAUAGUUGGGGAAAAGAGGUUUUGUGUUUGUGCGAUUGAAAUUGCGUGAUUGUAAAGAUGUCUCGGAUUCCACCUGGGAUUGCGGCGAUAAGAAAAUUGAGAACAAACGAUUGUAGUCUAACUACAAACAGAUACGUUGUUUUGUUGAUCACAUUCAUAGCAUAUGCUUGUUAUCAUGCUUCUAGGAAACCCAGUAGCAUAGUGAAGAGUGUUUUGGAUCCCGAGCCUAAAAAGGUUGCGAUGUUCCAUCCAUGGCCGGUGGGCAGUGUUUUUGUGAGGCAGGAAUUGGCGGAAAAUGACAAUCACAGAUUCGGCAGAAGGGGUUGGGCCCCCUUCAAUGGAACGGAUGGGACAUCCAAAUUGGGAGAGAUUGACGUUGCAUUUCUUGCAUUUUACUCUUUGGGAAUGUAUGUUGCAGGGCAUUUGGGCGACACAUUGGAUCUUCGGCUGUUUUUAACAUCUGGAAUGGUUGGGAGUGGAAUAUUUGUUGCAAUUUUUGGAAUGGGUUAUUUCUGGAAUAUUCAUGUGUUUUGGUUUUAUUUAAUUAUGCAAAUGGUGGCCGGAUUGUUCCAGGCGACAGGUUGGCCUUCGGUUGUUGCAGUUAUUGGGAAUUGGUUUGGGAAGAGGAAGAGGGGUUUGAUAAUGGGUAUUUGGAAUGCUCAUACGUCUGUGGGCAACAUCACUGGGUCCCUUCUUGCAGCCAGUGUUUUGGACUAUGGGUGGGGUUGGUCUUUCAUACUGCCUGGUGCUUUGAUCUUUGUUGGAGGGAUUAUUGUUUACUUGUUUUUGGUUGCUUAUCCUGAAGAUGUUGGGUUUCCUUGCCCGCAUGAGUCAACUGUUAAUGUUGAGGCAGGGCCUAAUGAUGAAGAAGCUCAGAUGCCAAAAGGAGACACUGUUCCUAGAUUUGAUUCGUCCUAUAGGAGAAGUGUUGGGAUGCUUGAAGCAUGUCGAAUCCCAGGAGUGAUACCAUUUGCAUUGUGCCUCUUCUUCUCAAAGCUUGUGGCGUACACAUUUCUAUAUUGGUUACCAUUUUAUCUAACUCAAACAGCCAUUGGUGGAGAGUACAUGUCUGUGAAAUCUGCAGGAAAUCUUUCUACUCUCUUUGAUGUGGGGGGCAUUGUUGGUGGAAUCCUUGCAGGCUACGUAUCUGAUAAACUUAAUGCUAGGGCCAUUACAGCAGCCAGUUUUAUGUAUGCAGCAAUCCCUUCCAUGCUCCUUUACAACACAUAUGGGAACAUUUCAAAGAAUGUUAACAUUGUUCUUAUGAUGAUUGUGGGCUUGUUUGUAAAUGGGCCCUAUGCACUUAUUACAACAGCAGUUUCUGCAGAUCUUGGCACACACAAAUCUCUUAGAGGGGAUUCUCGGGCACUGGCAACAGUCACUGCUAUUAUCGAUGGCACUGGAUCUGUUGGUGCAGCUCUUGGUCCUCUUCUUACUGGAUUCAUAUCAACAAAGGGAUGGGAUGCAGUUUUUGUGAUGCUAAUGGUUGGUGCCCUUACUGCUGGGCUUCUUUUAUCACGUCUAGUUAGAGGUGAAAUUACUGAGAAAUUUUCCAAGCAGAAGCCUUCAUCCAGUGGGCAGCAAAGUUUUGGAGCUCCUGCAUCUCUACCUCUUUUAAAUGACCAAAGGUGAUAACCAGGUAUGGCCAGAUGAAGCUUCAAAGGACCUGGGAAAGUAAAAAUACGCUCUUCACGGAACUGGUGAAAUAGUGAUAUGAAUAAUGGAAACAAAUAAUCUGUAUUUUUUUUUUUUAGCAUGCAGUGGCUACUUUGUUGUUCAUUACACAUGAUGUACAUAUUACUGAUAAACAACGUGAACUUUUGGUUCAUUGGGGGUUCAGACUCCUUCAAAGCUGAAGUUGAUUGUCCAUCCA